AUGAAGAGUAUGUGGGGGAAGUGGAAUGGUGAGUGCUGUGCACUCCGGAGGAGACUGAACUCUGUGGAUCAGGAUUGCUUAGUGACUGACAGCUCUUCAGUCUCCCACAUAUCACAGACUCAUCCUCAGACUGGGGAUGUGGGUGUAUGUUGUGGGGCAUAUGAAUGUGACCUCCUUACAUGGUUUCCUGUCUUCAUAGUCAAUACUCUGCGACCUUCGGAUAUUAAAUUUGUAGCUUCCAUUGGCAUUGAGGAAACUCCUGAGCCCACAACCUUCCAUGGCAAGGUGGUUCACCCUUUUCUCUCUUUCAGUUACCUGCCUCGAGCACUGUUGGUCACCUGGAUCAACUGUGUAGGGCUGAGAAAAUGUCCCAAGAGGUGUGCACAGCAAAAAUUUCUGAUAGGUGUCCUGAAGAAGCUGGCUAAAACGUUAGACUUCCUGCACCAGGAGGUCCCCAGAGUGUUUGUGAACCUGGUGGAUCUGACUGAGGUUCUAGAGUAUCUUACCUUGACUGAGACAGGGACACAGCACAGAGACAACACAAAAUCCUGCAAGUGCUCAGAGGAGACAGUCCUGACCAAGGCUGUAGCACGGUGGGCCUAUCAGGAAACUUGGGAAAGGAUCCUGGCCUCCAGUGAGUACAACCAAGAGAAAUCCUUUGCACUAGUGUUACAGCCCUUCUUUUAUGAGACAGCGCUGUCCUCUCUCUCGAAGAAGCAGCCCCUUCAGGACCCCACAACUCUGGGCUUGCACCUGUGGAAUGUCAUGGAACACCCCUAUCUGUUCACCUACAGGAAUAGCAACUACCACCCCAUCUUGCCCAUGAUUCACUAUCUAGUUAAGCAAGAAGACAUACAACUUGUGUGCCCUGAGAAUGCUUCCUUUGAGAUGAACCCCUUAUCAGUUAUUCUUCAUCUGGAGACACCAGGUUUCAUCAAGUUAGCAGUGACAGUCUUCCAGCCCCACGCCAGCGCCCAUUUCAACUUCAAAACCAGCAUUUGGUACCCCAAGGGAAACACCAGCAUUCACAGACUGAAGCCAGCUGACAUCAAGAUUGUAGCAGCUGUAGGUGAUGCUUUUACGGCAGCUAAUGGGGCUGGGUCCAGACCUCUGGAUAUCAAGGAUAUCCUGACUGAGUAUCGAGGUCUGUCCUGGAGCAUUGGCGGAGACAGGAGCCUGAGAACCAUCAUUACCCUGCCCAGUGAGUAUUAUACCCGCCCCAGGGAUCUGCCUAACCAGGUCAACAUGAUUAUAACAAUGUUGAAAAAUGACAAGAAAAUAAAUUAUAAGGAAGAUUGGAAAUUACUAACCAUAUUUAUAGGAGGUGAUGACCUUUGUGAUUUGUGUAAUGACCAGGCCCAUCCAUUCUCUGAAGCCUUCCUUUGCAACAUUCAACAUGCUCUGGACAUCCUUCACGCUGAGCUGGCCAGCUUAGAGUUGCAGAAUGACUUCCCCAGUAAUUCAGAGCUGAGUCUCAGGCGUAUAUGUCCUUGUCUCAUGAUGCUUUCUGAUGGUGACCCACAACUUGAUUACCUUAUUGAAGUGAAUAAGAAGUAUCAGGAGCAGGUUGAGAAGUUGGUUGAGAGCGGGCGCUAUGACACGAGAGACGACUUCACUGUGGUCCUGCAGCCAUUCUUGGAAAGGUUCAAAGUGCCCAUAACUGAGGAAGGGUUGCCUGACUUAACUUACUUUGCUCCUGACUGUUUCCACUUCAGUCAGAAAACUCAUGGUCACAUAGCCAGUGCCCUCUGGAACAACAUGCUGGAACCUGUUGGCCAGAAGACAAGACAGCAUGAUUUCACAAGCAAUAUUACUAUCAGAUGUCCUAACCAGACCUAUGGAAGCAAUCUGCCAUGUAUAGACAUCUCCCCUUCUCUAGAAACCCCCUCAGUACAUUCACUGAAACCUGCAGACAUCAAAGUUGUUGCUGCUUUGGGGGACUCUCUGACUGCCGGCAAUGGAAUUGGCUCUGAACCUGACAACCUUAUUGGAUACACCAUAGAAUAUCGGGGACUGUCAUUUAGUGGUGGAGGAGAUGGCUCGCUGGAAAAUGUGACCACCUUACCGAAUAUCCUUCGCAAGUUCAACAGCCAAGUCACAGGCUAUGGCACUUGCAUCGGUGAUGCCAAAAGUAAUAGAGCAUUCCUCAAUCAGGCAGUUCCUAGAGCAAAGGCUAAGGAUUUGAUGAGCCAAGCCCAGGCCCUGGUGCAGAGAAUGAAGAACACCUCAAUAAUAAAUUUCAAUGAAGACUGGAAGGUCAUCACAGUGACGAUCGGACACACUGAUAUAUGUGAAUUCUGCAAAGAUAUGACCUCACACUCUGCAGACAAGUUUUUCAACUAUAUUGGUGAUGUCUUGGACUACCUUCAGUCUCAGGUGCCCAGAGCCCUGGUCAACCUGGUGGACUUCUUGAACCCACAAGUCCUGUGGUUAUCAUUCCAGAGAAAACAAGGGAAAUGUGUGAAGCCACGUGCCAGCUAUUCUUGUGACUGUGUCCUGGAUUCAGUGAAGAGUUACUCAAAGUUACACACUUUGGAUAAAAUGUUUCAUACCUAUCAGAAUGCCUUUCAGAUUGUCCUGGGAAAUUCACGCUAUGACUCCAAGGAAGACUUCACUGUGGUCCUGCAUCAACUCCUGGGUAGCGUCCAGAUCCCUUUUCAGAAGGAUGGGAGCCUGGAUACAUCCUUCUUCAUCUCAGACUGUUUCCAUCCAAGUCAGAAAUUCCACACACAGCUGGCCAGGGCUCUUUGGAACAGUAUGGAUAUUCCCUUCUUCAGAACCACUAAAAACAGUGGCUACACUUAUCCUGGCUUCAUAGUUGAGCAGCUCUGGGGUAGUAACUUCCCUUGUUAUGUGAAUCAUUCUAAAGAGACCCCCACUUCAGUCCACGAGCUUCAACCAUCAGACAUCAAAGUGGUGGCUGCCUUGGGUGACUGGAUCACAAUGGUUUUAGAUGCUGCUAGACAACAGGCUGCUUUUUGUGAAUAUUUGAAUCCCUCUUUCAACUUUGAUUGGAUCUUCCUCAUGGAGGGAAUAGAACCUACCUUCACAGAGGACUGGCACCAUCCCAGGGAAACUCAGAGCAGCUUGUAUGCCUACCUGACAAUGUCCAUAUUUCUCUUACCUGAGUUCUCUGCCUCCUUCCUCCCGAAAGACAUUCUGCGCAAGUUCAACCCUCAGCUUUUAGGGUUCUCUACUGGUACAUGGAUGAAGACAACAGGAUUGAAUGUAGCCCAGGAUGAAGCCAGAGUCCGAUCUUCUGUCCCUCAGGGCAUCAAUAUAGCCAAUGACUGGAAGCUGAUCACAAUCUUCAUUGGGAUCAAUGACUUGUGCGAUUUCUGUAGUAAACAGGACAUGGGCAUAAUUGAGAGAUUUAAAAUUUACAUAGAGGAUACCCUAGAUAUCAUCUUUGGGCAGCUUCCACGAGUAUUCAUUAAUCUGGUGGAGAUCAUGCAGGUAGCACCACUAUACCGGGACCAAGGUGGGAGAUGUGCCAAGCCCGAUGUAUCUAGAAGCUCUGACAAUUCCUUGACGGCCAGAAACCUAAAAGAAUUGACUAGAAAUUUUCAGAGCAUGUUAUUUAACUUGUCCCUCAAGAAAGAAUAUCAGAAUAAAGAGGAUUUUGCAGUGGUUGUACAGCCCGCCUUCAGAAAUUUGAAUUUCCUACAGAACAAAAAUGGAAAGACUGACGCUACCUACUUCUCAGAGGGACUGUUUCCAUUUUUCAGACACGUGGUCAUGACUUUGAUGGCCAAGGGACUCUGGAACAACAUGCUGGAACCUGUGGGUAACAAAUCCACCACCAUCAAUGAUAAAGAGAAACUCAAGUGCCCCUCUGCUAGUCACCCUUACUUCUUCACCCACAAGAACAGUCCUUCUGCUAGAGUGAACUGGCUUCUCUGGAUCCUGAUUAGCCUCUUACUUCUUGCUUUGUUAAUACUGGUAUGUUGUAUUGCCAAAAGAAAAUCUGAAGAGGAUGAGAACGAGGAGGAGGAAGAGGAAAAUGGAGAAAGAGAACAAGAAACACUUGUGGACUCAGGCUACAGAUCUGGUGAGGAUCAUGAAAGAGAAUCCGACAUUCUGCGCAAGUUCAACCCUCAGCUUCUAGGGUUCUCUACUGGUACAUGGAUGAAGACAACAGGAUUGAAUGUAGCCCAGGAUGAAGCCAGAGUCUGGGACUUGCCAGCCCAGGCAGAACGACAGCUAAAACAAAUGGAAACAACUCCUGUUCUUCCUGCCAUUGUCAAGCCCUUCACUGGUCUCCCCUCCCCUCUCUGUCCCGCCAUCCAUUCCAUAGUGGUCGCUGUACUACCUGGCACCGCCUACCUGGAAGAUGCUCAAGUUUUCCUGAGGCUGUUUGAAACUCUUCCCUGGUCCCUGCAGCUUCUUGAGGUGUCCCAGGCGGGGAAGGCCACAUUUCUUUGUCACAGGACAGACUAUGCUUGUGUGACUGAUCUGUUCCCACAGAAGUCCCUGUCUGUGCUGACCCUUCUUCCCUCUCCUGCUCUGGGUGCCCUCCCCCUGUCUCUGGUCUCUGCCUCUGGAGCAUGUUCUCAGUCGUCCAAGCCCAGUGCAACCCUCCAUAGAUGA